AAUGCCCUCCGAAUAAAGCAGAUUCUUGAGAUACAAAAAUACCUCCAUAUUAAUCAAGAGUAUUAUAUACCUGUCUUAAGCUUCCAUAUCAGGCUAUUACUGUGUGAUAUAGAGCUAUUUCCUAAGCUGAUUAUAUUCUUGAACAUGUCACUGCGUGUCUUAGGCCACGAGAAUGUUAUUACCGCAGCACAAAAAAAGCUCUAUGGCAAGAACUGA